UUCAGCCCGGAAGUGGAGGACAUAGCAGCAGCAGGAGCAGGACGGCUAAACGACGAUGCUUGACUGCAAGCAUGAGUGGUGAUUGAGGCCUGACGUUGCCGUGGCUCCGGUGGCAGAAACAGGCAUCCAGCUUGGAUGAAGAAUGAAGAGCCCGGUGCACAGGUGCAGGGAUGUGGAGCACGGCCGUGGGCAGACUGAGACCGGGGCCGGGUCUGGGUCCAAAAGCCUACAGCAUGAACAGCGCAUCCCUGUCUCCAAAGACGUCAUCACCUCCUCCUCUUCCUCCGCCAUGUGGUUUAUCAGGGACACCUGUGGCAUCGUGUGCGCCAUCAUCACAUGGCUGCUGGUGUUUUACGCUGACUUUGUUGUGCUGUUUGUAAUGCUGCUACCCUCCAAAAACCUCAUGUACAGCAUUGUGAACGGGACUCUGUUCAACACUCUGGCCUUUCUUGCUCUCGCCUCACACCUCAGGGCUAUGUGCACCGACCCUGGGGCAGUGCCAAAAGGGAAUGCUACAAAGGAAUACAUAGAAAGCCUUCAGCUGAAACCAGGACAGGUGGUCUACAAGUGUCCMAAGUGCUGCAGCAUCAAGCCUGACCGAGCACACCACUGCAGAUGUACAUUGCACUUAUCUCUCUCCACUCUCUGCUCUUGGUGGUCUUCCAUUUUCUCUACUGUUUUGAAGAUGAUUGGACAAAGUGCAGUUCCUUCUCUCCUCCAGCAACAAUCAUCCUCCUCAUCCUCCUGUGCUUUGAGGGCCUCCUCUUCCUCAUCUUCACCUCUGUGAUGUUCGGCACCCAAGUCCACUCCAUUUGUACUGAUGAAACAGGCAUAGAGCAGUUGAAAAAAGAAGAGCGACGAUGGGCUAAAAAAACAAAAUGGAUGAACAUGAGGGCCGUAUUUGGACACCAUUUCUCCUUAAUGUGGUUUAGCCCUUUCUCAACCCCUGACCAUGGCAAGGCUGAGACCUACCAGUAUGUGGUGUGAGGCUCAGAAUGAGGCGGCUGCUCACAACCAAAGUAUGAAGGCCAGCUGAGUUCAGCUCUGUUUACACUGGACAGCCCACGCUAGCAGUGGACAGCAUUUUAUCUGCUUCUUGUGUUGCCAAACGUGUACUGUUUUAAGUUUUUUUAAAUGCCUUUUGUUGCAGAGAAAAAGAAACCUUGUCAGUCUGAGUUCUGUUUGCCAACACUGUGAUGAAUGGUUUGUUCGAUAUCUUUGCUGUAUCCAAAAAAAAAACUUUUUUUCUUUCA